AUGGCGAUAGUAGACGUCCUCUUCACAUGGUGGUCUAUCCCCAUCGGCCUCGCCAUCCUAACAACCUCAUACCUCUACGCCUACUUCAUAACAAACUCCCACCUUCGCUCCAUCCCCGCGCCUUUUCCCGCGCAAUUCUCAAAUCUAUGGCUUCUCUACAUCUGCCGUCGCGGCGAACGCUAUCGCGUCGUGGAUGAGAUUCACAAGAAGCUCGGUCCUGUAGUGCGCAUCCAGCCGAAUCAUACCUCUAUCGCGGAUGUUGAUGCCAUCGCGACGAUCUAUGGGCACGGAAAUGGAUUUUUGAAGUCGGAAUUUUAUGACGCGUUUGUUUCAAUUCGACGGGGUUUGUUCAAUACCCGUGAUCGCGCAGAACAUACGCGUAAGCGCAAACUCAUCUCGCACGUCUUCUCCGCCAAAUCCAUCAGUCAAUUCGAACCCUACAUCCACGCGAACCUCGAACUUUUUGUCAAACAGCUCGACAAGCUCGUCAUAUCCAGCCCGUCUACCGAUGAGCAUGGCAAGCGUCAAGCCCUCAUCGAUUGUCUUCCUUGGUUCAAUUACCUUGCUUUCGAUGUCAUCGGCGACCUCGCGUUUGGUGUUCCGUUCGGCAUGUUAGCCAACGGCGCUGACGUAGCCGAAGUUCGCGAUACACCCGAUAGUGCGCCUAUUUAUGCCUCUGCGAUUGAGAUUCUUAAUCGAAGAGGUGAAGUCAGUGCUACGCUGGGAUGUUUUCCUCAGUUGAAGCCUUAUGCGCAGUAUUUACCCGAUCCAUUCUUUAGUAACGGGCUAAACGCUGUUAAGAAUCUUGCGGGUAUUGCUAUCGCGCGCGUAAAGAACCGAUUGGACAAUCCGCCUAGUAUUGAACGCAUGGAUCUUUUGGCGAGGUUGAUGGAAGGGCGAGAUGAGAAGGGUGAGCCUUUGGGUCGGGAGGAGUUGACGGCUGAGGCUUUGACGCAGCUCAUUGCUGGCAGCGACACGACUUCCAAUUCUUCAUGCGCUUUGCUCUACCAUGUCACGCGAACUCCCGGAGUCCUCAAGAAACUGCAGGCUGAGCUUGACGAGGCGAUUCCAUCCGAGAUUGAUGUGCCGUCAUACGACAUGGUCCGCGACCUUUCAUAUUUGAACAACGUUAUCAACGAAACCCUUCGCUACCAUUCAACAUCUGGUAUCGGUCUUCCGCGUCAAAUCCCCUCGACAUCUCCCGGCGUCACCAUCAAAGGUCACUAUUUCCCACCGGGUAGCGUCCUCAGCGUCCCGACAUACACUCUUCACCACUCCAAAGAGAUUUGGGGUGCCGACGCAGACGACUUCCGACCCGAGCGCUGGGAAACUGUUACAGAUAUUCAAAAAACAGCGUUCAAUCCAUUCAGUCACGGACCGAGAGCGUGCGUGGGAAGGAAUGUGGCUGAGAUGGAAAUGAAGCUCAUCGCAGCGACAUGGGCGAGGAGAUAUGUCCCCGAGUUAAGGCAGGGUGUCAUGGAAACGAGAGAGGGAUUUUUGAGAAAGCCGCUAGGAUUGGAUAUUGCUUUGAAAAUGAGGGAGUAG